UUAAAGAGCUAUUAAGAAACAGGCAAAACGGCGGAGUGCAAAGCCCGCAUCUCAUUUCUAUCGCAUCCAUUCGCAUACGAGACACUACAUUUGAUUCCACAUGGCUUUUUCUAAGACAGGAUUGAAAUGCUGCUGUUCGCAGUAGAUAUCAGGAGAUGUACGAUUUUGUGGAUGCGCUCGUUUAUCUGCUGCACUUGUUGCUCUAAGUCUCUAACAGACAGAAUCUAACGGACUGAGAGAUAUUCAUUCACCGCAACAGACCGACGAGGUCUAACGUUACGUGUUUUCAUUUCGCAGGUAGGCAUUUCAUUUGAGGGAUUUAAUUUGCCUAACCCUGUGUUGGAUUAUACCGUUAUAAAAAACACACUUUUUGCAGUUAAUUGCCGUUAUUUUCGAAUUUUCAAGCAACGUGUCUGUGCUCCACAGAAACUGUUUUUUUCGAAAACACCACACAAAGUCGCGUUCACUAUGCCAGUGUUAAUGAGUCCUGAGAUGGCGAAUAAAUUCAAAGAGAGAUGGAUGAUGCUUCAUCCGGAGGAUCAGGACAAUGUAAGCGGCUCCGUUCACUUUGACGACAGUCUCACCAGUCUGCACUGGCUGCAGAACUUCUCCAUCCUCAGUGCCAAUCUCGAGAGGAUUCCCAGCUCCGGCUGCCACCCGCAACACCUCUUCAGCCACAAAAACCAACUGGGGGGCACAGACUCGCCCUCCAGCCCGCCUGCCGGAGAUACCGCCGCCACAGGGAUGCCACAAACACCUGGGAAUCCAACAACGUCCUGCAGCAGUUUGGCGAAUUCAUACACGCACCAGCAAGCGGGACAUUACACAACGGCGCAAACAAAUCCUCCGGAGGAGAUCGACUAUAAAACAAACCGCCACGUGAAGCCACCGUAUUCAUAUGCCACUCUGAUUUGCAUGGCAAUGCAAGCCAGUAACAAAACCAAAAUCACCCUGUCAGCCAUUUACAGCUGGAUCACUGAGAAUUUCUGCUACUACAGAUACGCGGAGCCAAGUUGGCAGAAUUCAAUCCGCCAUAACUUAUCCCUGAACAAGUGCUUCAUGAAAGUGCCCAGGCAGAAAGAUGAGCCAGGAAAAGGAGGCUUUUGGCAAAUCGACCCACAGUACGCUGACAUGUUUGUCAAUGGCGUUUUCAAACGGCGGCGAAUGCCUGCCACAAACUUCAAUACCCAGAGACCGAGCAAAAUGUUGUCCUCUCCCAGCUCCUCGUACGGCUCUCAGUGCAACCAGACUGGCCAACAAACGGGAAUGGGCCACUUCCAAGGACCUGUCGCGGGAAACAAACGCAAGCAAGUCUUCUCCAAACGGGGCGGCAAGCUGGCCAGAGUCUCCAAAAGCCCUCUGUUAACCACCGACAUCAAAACUUCAGACAUACUGAGAGGAGACUUUGACCUGGCGUCUGUUUUCGACGAUGUGCUCAGUGGGAAUGACAGCACGUUUGAAGAUUUGGACAUCAACACGGCGCUGAGCUCUCUGGGGUGCGAGAUGGAGCUAUCUUCACAGAACCAGCACGGGUCCGUUUACAGCAACGAGGACGAGCAGGCUUGUGCCUAUCUGGAGGCGAACGGCAUGAUGGGAUGCAACAUGGAGGACUUUCACCAACAGCACCAGCAGCAAGUACAGGUCCAUCCGCUAUAUUAUGAGGGAAUGUUCACGGAUCAGGUUCACCAGCAUCAGCAGCACCCUUGGGAGAUUAAAGAGGAAGUCCAAGCCAUCCCGAUUUCCAUGGAUCAAGGCUAUGGGCUUUGUGAGGGAUUCUUCUCUGAGAUGCAACUCUGGGAAAGAGCCGAGUCAUAUCUGUGAACUUGAUGUCUUUGCUGGUCUGAAGGCCGACUGACUUUUGUUUUGCUACAUUAGCAUAAUGAAUUACUGAGGUUAUAUGUAAUUAUUUCUUUGUACUUCUUUCAUAUUUUUAAGAACCUAUUCUGAUUCUUUUAUAAUUACCCUUGAUCUUUACAUUCUUGAUAUAUAUAUAUAUAUUUUGGAUGAUUAAAUAUUUGUGUGGGACAAAGUAAUUUAGGAUAGUGGCAUUUUUGUUCCUGUAUUGAUUAAUCAAUUUAAUAUAUUCAUUUUAGUUUACUUGAUAUUUUAGGCAAUGUUAUGCUUUGAUAAAUAUAACAAAUACAUAUAAAUCACAUAUUUGUGGGAAAGGGAUGCAACCAGCCAAAGUGCUUCGCAAAAGAAUCAUUUCCACAGAGGAAAAAAGGCACAAGCACUUUGAAACAUUAGCUGAGUUUGUUGCCCAGUGACAGUGCCUCGUAAUUUAUUUUCUCUUUUAUGAUAUUCUAUAAAGUACAACUUGUCCCACAAGAGCUAAAGUAAAGUUAUUAGAUUUACAAUGAAUUGAGGGGGGCAAUCUCACGAGGCAGUGACUGUUCUAGAAGUGUACUUGUAUCGAUUCUUUGAGAAAUGGACUAAAACAUGCAACGUGAAACAAAAUAUAUUCUGUUCUUGAAUAAAAAGAUCAAUCUGUACAACUUU